AUGGCCUUAAAGAGGUUUUUGUUAUUUUGCUGGUUCGCUUUGCUCCUGGCCUUCGUAGAUGCCGGAAGGGUUCUAAUGAUUCCAUCGUCCAUUCGACCCAGUCAUCGGUUGGUAUUCCACCGACUGGCCGAAGAACUCGUUCGACGAGGGCACGAGGUUGUCAUUUGGCAGGUUGCCUUGAAACAUGACCGCCUAGUGGUCCCGAACGGUGUUAUCGAUCAGCGAUGGAUUGUCUCGGUUCCUGAAGAGUAUAUUCAGGACUUGUUCCUGUACCAGAACACAUCGAUCUACAGUUUCUUAUGGAAAGAGUCAGUCGCGGAGCCAGCACGUAAGGCGGCCAACUGGGCGAUGACGUUGCGCAUGUGCGAAUCUGCCUUGCAGAGCCGAAAACAAGAUUUUCAGAACCUCCUGAAGGAAGAAUUUGACGUGGUGAUCUUGGAUGAUCUGUACGCCCCUUGCGGUCUUUUAUACGUUGGCUUGAAACGGUCGGUAUUCAUCUACUGGUCGAUGACACACAUGCGCACUGAGACGGCGUGGAGCAACGAGAGUCCAAGUAUGCCGUCGUACGUGCCUGUAUCCGGCACGGGGUACACGGAUUCGAUGGACUUCUGGCAACGUGCCUUCAACCUCCUGUCCUAUCUGAAGACGGUGUACGUCCAUCAACGGAUCGUUCUCCGGGCCAUGGAUAAAGUGUUCCAGAAGCUGUACCCUGGCGUCACUGAAACUUUCUACAUCGAACGUAACGCCAGUUUGAACUUCAUCAACACCCCGCCGUUGUUCGACUUUCCUCGGCCAUUCAUGCCUCGCGUGAACUUCGUCGGCGGCCUGCUGUGUCGCGCUGCCCAGAGACUUCCGCCUGACUUGGAAGCUUUCGUCAAUGGCAGCAGUGAGAAACAUGGAUUCGUUCUAUUUACCACUGGAUAUACGAUACCUUGGAAACGCGCUCCACCUCAUAUCAAGGCCAGUUUCGUUGAAGCAUUUCGCUCACUACCUCAUCGUAUCAUUUGGCAGUAUGACGGGGAGCUAAUCAAAAAUCUACCUGAAAACGUGUUCAUCGCGCCAUGGCUCCCUCAACAGGAUCUACUCGGCCAUCCAAAGUGCAAAGGGUACAUUAAUCACGGCGGUUUGAACAGUGUCGUGGAGAGCAUGUGGCACGGAGUGCCCAUCGUCGCGAUACCGAUCUUCACCGACCACGAGGACUACGCGCUGAGGGCUAUCGCGCGCGACGCUGGCAUCAUGAUCAAAAAAUCUAAUGUAACGAAGGCCAACCUUAUCCAUGCCAUUACUGCUAUUACAACGGAAAAGAAAUAUUCGGUUGCCGCCCAAGAAUUCGGAGAUUUGCUGAGGGACGUACCAUAUACAGAGUUGGACCACGCCGCGUUUUGGGUGGAGUUCAUCAUUCGCCACCAGGAAGUACCACACGCCCGUUCCGCAGCGGACGACCUUAACAUACUUCAGUACUUCUUGGUUGACGUCAUUUUGUUCCUGGUCACGUGCCUCAUUUUGCUGGCUGUCAUCAUCUUUUACUGCAUUAAAUACGCGUACGUCGGUUGUUCCAUUUUAGGCAAGUUGGUAUGCCGACUUGUUUACUCUGGCAGAUCUUCGAAGACUAAACGUGAAUAG